AUGAAGUUAUUAAUUACAUUAUUCAUAUUUUUCACAUCCAUAUUAUCCCAUAAUGUUUUAUUACAACCAUAUGGAAAACAAUGUUUUUUCGAAACUUUAAAAAAAAAUGAUGAAUUAGCAAUAUCAUUUCAAGUUGGUUCAAGAGAUCCUCAUAAUUCAGAACAAUAUGAUAUAGAAUUUUAUAUAACUUCACCACAAGGUUCAACAUUAUUAAAAAAAUCAAAAAUUGAUCAUGGUGAUGAAAAAAUAACUGCUAUAAGUAAUGGAAAAUAUCAAUAUUGUUUUUCAAAUGAAUUAAGUUCAAGAGUUGAUUUAGAUGUUAGUUUUAAUAUUCAUGGUGUUGUAUAUGUUGAUGUAAAUGAUCCAAAAUCAAAUACUUUAGAUUAUGCUAUUCAAAGAUUAAGUCAAUUAACUGAUGAAGUUAAAGCUGAACAAGGUUAUUUAGUUAUAAGAGAAAGAACUCAUAGAAAUACUGCUGAAUCAACAAAUUCAAGAGUUAAAUGGUGGUCUGUUUUUCAAAUCUUGGUUGUUGCUGUUAAUUCUAUUUUUCAAAUCUACUAUUUAAAAAGAUUUUUUGAAGUUAAAUCUGUUGUAUAA